GAUGCGCAGCCAUAUUGAAUUCGCUUCAGCACGACAUACACACAGGCCAGAGUGAGAGACUGAGUGAGAUUCGUAAUGUAAAGGUUUUUUUUUCUUUCAAUUUUUAUCAUUCGUCGUAUACAUCGAAUUGCUUGUGUGUGGCUUAAAACCAUUGUGCGUUGAGAAGCAGCGUUUUGUGCCGCCAAACAAAACGAUUUGCAAAACAAUUAUUGAGAAAUUAAAAACGAUUGUGUUCAUUUAACAACACAUCAAAAUAAUUUUAAGGAGAAAAAAAAAUCAAAUCAUCGACGAAAAAAGUUAAAUCUCAUUCAAACAACCAAAUUUUCUGUUGUUCGAAAAGUGAACUCGUGUGUGAGAAGAGAAGAAAAAAAAGUUGCGUGCAUGUUGGAUGAACAACAAUAUUUUAAUUGUGACUGAAUGGCAUUGAAUCGGAAAUGAAAAAGAUUGCAACAAAACUGGGAAAAGCGAAUUUAAUCCAAAAUCAGGUAAUUAAUAUUUUACAUUUGUUUUUUUUUUGUUUUUUUAGUUUUUUUUUUCAACGAAUGUUCUGUUCAAAGUGAGAAAUAAGAAUCUAAUAUGUAUUGUGUGCGCCAUUCAGUUUCGUAAGGCACGAUUAUUAAUGUAUUUUUGUGAGUGAGAAUACAAAGCCAUUUUUAAAACGAAUACCACAGCAACAGCAACAUAUAAUUACUUUGUUAGCAGUUGUUCAUUCAGCUGGACUGUUUCACCGAGUUCAUUGCUUUCAACAACAGAAACCAAAAUUCAUAAUAUUCCGCAAGGAAAAUCGCAUCGGAAAUUGUGUAGAAAAAUUGCAGGUCAAGGAAACCAAAAAUGAACUGCAUGUGAAUCGUUGUGUACGCAUCGAGUCGACGAAUAUCAGCUGUAAAUUGGGUGCAUGAAAUUGGAAAACAUUUCAUUAAGUGAAAGAGAAAAGUUGUAUUUCGAAGAGCGUGCGCUACACUCCGCGCGCGGCCAUAAAAUCAUGUGUGGGAUUUUUUUCUUCUUUCGUUGUUUGUUCACUUGAAAUGUGUCGUAUUUGAAUUCAGAAUAUAUGCUACGAUUCUUGUUCAGCCAAAGCGAAUGGAUUGAGCAAAGAGAUAGAGUGAAAAGACAACGCGUGAAUACAUUCAAAUGAUUUGUCGACUUGUUUGUUCACUCGCUCGUUCGUUCACGCGCUCUCAUUAUCUCUCACUCUCUGCACGAUUACGAUUUGGCAAAGCGUGAGGGCCCGAGAGUUAUAAUAAAUUGUGCCAACACACAUUUGCAAUCGCGCGCUUUGGAUUCUAAUUCGAGUUCCAAUAAAACACAUUGACGCCAGCAGUGGAACCGCUGAGAGCGCUGCAUCCGUGCACGCACUCAACAACCCAAUGAAAUGUUCAGAGCCGAAAGAGAUCCGAGAAGAAAAAACAGAAAUAUGAAUCCAUCAUCUGGUUGUUUGUUUUAUAACAAUUUGCGUACGCGCUUCUGUGUGUUGUUGCGUGCAAGCUCUCAACAAAAUACCUGUAUGUUGUGCUUAAACAUUAUUUUCGAAACGAAGAAAAUAAAUAAAUGCGAUGAUAAAACCGAAACAGAAUCGGCCGAACGAAUGUCGAGCGAAAAGAAAGACCGUAAAACAACUGCAACUCAAUAGCAUUGCAUACAACGGUUGCAUAUAUGCGUUGCACACAUUUUUCACUUUUCUCUCGCUCUCUCUCUCUCUCUCUCUCUCUCUCUCUCUCUCUCUUUUCCACUCCCGCUCAUUCUUCAUCAUAUUUUAUUGCUCCGCGAAAUAUCAACUCGUAUUCUCAAAGAUCUAAGACAAAGCGCACAUGUAUAUUUUGUUUAGCCGUUCGAACGAUUGACUGGCUUCAAAUUUGUAUAUGAUGAUUUAUUUUUUCUUUACUUUUCGUUCAUUCGUUGAUAUUCGCGCGUGUACGCCAAACGAUGAGGUUACAAUGCCAAUAAAUACAACGACAAAACCGUGAAUUCAUACGCUUUGGUUGUAAUAUGUCGCGGUGUGCGCGCUAGAGAGAGAGAGAGACACUGUGUGUACACUAUCGACAAAACGAAUCGGAAUGAUACGACACACAACGACAAUCGACCGACCGACCGAUGUCAGUGAAUAAAGUCGCUUUGUAGUCGCUCUUUACCGUGCCAACGCAGUGUAUCAACAGCCGAACAUCGGAUCGGUACAAUUUUUAAAAAUAACAAGAGAAAAUAAAUAUCUAUAUCGUACACACAUCGCGCGUAUACCCCGUGUGCAUUUGUCGCACAAUAAACGAGACCCAUUCGCAAGCGAUCCGACGAGAAACAAUGUUAUUAUUCAAUAUUAGUUUUUCGCACUUUUUAGCACUACAUGAAAUGUAGAGCUACUUAUCUGCUUAUUUUUUUUUCUUAAUACUUUUUGAGUGAUGAAACUAACUAUGGUGAAUUUGAACUUUAUGCUCAUAUUUUUUAUUUAAUUUAAAACAGGCAGUAUAUUUUAAAAAAGAAUAAAACCAAGAUCUUGUAAUUCAUUUUGCAAAUAAAUAUAUUACUUCAAAGUUACUUCGAUGAAAUACAUUUCAUGUAGUGCGCCAAAAAAUAGUUUGUUGUGAAACAACAAAAUAGAUUAAGUAACUAAAAACUCAAGAACGCAGAGCGGAGCAAAGCGAAGCUCUGCGGUCUUGUUUUUUCCUCUUGCGCGCUCUCCAUCACACUUGUGUCAAUCAAUAAAAAUUAAUUAGUUGGUGUUCGACGAGAGUGAACGCAGAUAUAGAGGAAAUCAUAUACCCAGAUCGUUACGGACAUUUUACCACAACACCGAAAUGCUAAUGAAUUGAAACAGAUUUGCAUUGGAGUGAAUAUAGGUGCCGUUGAAUAGUGAAAUUAUGUCAUAAAAAUAUCGAUUCAAUUUCAAUUGAAAAACUGAAAACGAAAAAGAUUUAUGAACGAAAUCUAAUCGAAUGAAGCAAACAUCAAACAUCUCGUCGACACUAAGCGAAAACAUAAACAAACACAUACAACGGAUUCCAACGACGGAUAGAUGAACAUAUGCAGAAGGUGCCAAGGUGAAGCACAUAACGACAGUAACAAAGUGGGAAGGCGGAAAAUAACAAAACAAGCAAAGUAACUAAGUGCAGUACACCGAAAUUUUUAGCAAUAAUCGCAGCUUCAAGUUUUUGUUUUACACACUGAAGAACAGCAGAUAAGGAGGAGAGAAAAAAAUGGUUCGAGGGCGACGACCACGAAUUGGUGCUGCUGCUGCUGCUGCUGCGGCGGCGAAAGGUCAACUUAAGGUAACCACUGCUAUUGGGAAGAAAGAGUGCAAACAAUUGCGAAAGAUGGCAACGAAUGGUACGAGUGACUUGGCCAUUGUGGAACGAACACGAAAUCUACGGAAAUCACUGCACAAAAUACAAAAACAAUUCGAUAAUCAAGCAAUUACAAAAUUCUUUCAACGCACACUCAAAGCACACUCGUACCCACGAUUUGGUAGCGAUGAUGAGAAUGCAUGCGAUGCAUUCACCGCAGAUCAAUUGAACAAUUUGAGUGAUAGCGGCGGCGACGGUGGCGACGACGUUGGUAACAAUAAUGAAUUGACAAAAAGUGAUGACGACGAACAGGAAUUUGCAACUCUAAAUGCCAACGCAAACGAUGCGAAUAUCUUGAACGGGGAUGAUAUGAAAAAUGACGAAGCUUUGAAUUUGUGCUUGAUCAACGGUGAUCGCAACAGCACCGACGAAAAUAGCAAUGGCAACAUUACCAGUAUCAGUAUUCAACCGACAAAUAUCUUUUUACAAAAGCCCGUGCUCCAUUUGAACAUUGACAAAUCACAAAUUCAAGCAUCAUCGAUUGUCAUCAACAAGCAUUUAGAUGCAUGCCCAAAUUUUGCAACAUCAUUUACCGUAUUCAAUAACUCCUCUGUGCUAAACACUGCCAAUAAUAAUAAUAUUCAAAGUAAAUCGUCGGAGGAUGAAUCCAGUGCGGAACAGAAUGAUAUGCAUGCACCAAACGACGCGAUGGCAAACAAUGAUCAAAAGACAAAAUGUGAAAAACCAAGACUUCGAAAGCGACGACCACGCAAAUGUGCAAGUCGAUGGGCCAACGAAAAUGGGCCAAUUGAUGUAAUUCACGAUUCAGAUAGCAAUUCUUGUGAUAGUGGCGUGGUUAGCGACCGAUCAUUCGAACUCAGCUCCACGGAUGGCAAUAAACCGACGACACCGCAUCGCAUUGUGUGCCCGUCUAUAUCGACGCCAACACAUGAAGACAGCCCAAAAGUUUUACCACAACCAAAUUUGGCCCGGACCAAUGCAAUCAAACGGCCAACAGUCAAACGAGCCAGAGGAAAACUAGAACAGAAAGGCCAAACGGUCAAUAACGCCAAAUCCUACUUCACAAAACUCACCGCUGUGGCCGAUGCUCAAGCAAAAACUACCAACGCUACCGCACCCGAUGAUAAUACAAAGGCUGACAAAUCGAAAAAUGACGUUGAUUGCGAAAUGUCUGCAUUAAAUAUUGAGUCGAAUGUUGACCAAAUUGUAUCGCAAAUUGUGAAAUGUGCAACACCAAAACCGAUAUCACGAUCGUCAACCCCAUUGCAAAAACCAAUGCAAUCGAAACAAAUGACUGAUUUCUUUCCGGUGCGACGUAGCAUUCGCAAAACGAAAAAGGUCGUUGAAUUAGAGCACUUGAGAUAUAUUGAAAAGGCCAUCGAACAGCAAUGUGAAGACGGUCUAGUUGUGAAGUACUUCAAGGAAAAGGGUCGUGGAAUUUGCGCUGGACGCCCGUUUGCACGUGGCGAAUUCGUCAUUGAGUAUAUUGGCGAUCUGAUUGACCAAAUUGAAGCCGAUCGGCGUGAGGAGAUUUAUGCUAAAGACGUGGCCUUUGGGUGCUAUAUGUAUUAUUUUAAACACAAAGAACAACAGUGGUGUAUUGAUGCAACAGCCGAAACGGGCAAAUUGGGUCGUCUUGUAAACCACUCGCGCAAUGGUAAUCUUGUGACAAAGAUUGUAACGUAUAAAAAUCGGCCGCAUUUGGUAUUGAUUGCCAAGGAAAAUAUCAAAGAGGGUGAGGAGCUGACAUAUGACUACGGUGACCGUACACGUGAAUCGCUCGUUAAUCACCCUUGGCUCGCUCUGUAAAGCGAGGAACAAAAAACCAACGCAUUAGAAUAUAUGUAAAUGCCGCUCGAACGUGGUGAUGUCAACGACACAUACACACACACACACAUACGUACAACAAACAUUCUCAAUGCAACAAAAAGAAGAAGUUGAAGCGGAAAAAGAAAUAUCUUAUUGAAGAAAAAAAACAACUCGAAAGUGUUCCUAUAAACUAUUUAUGAGUCACGAGAUCAUUCGACGAAAGGCUUACAAAUUUUAUUCAUGAAUCAUGUUAACUUUAGACAUUUUGUAGUAAUUUAGUCAAUUGUAUAUUUAGGCAUUUCAUUUUUUUUUAAAUCCAGAUUAGAGAGCAAAAGAACUAUUGGAAAUUUUGGAAAAGAUUUUUUUUUUUACUUUCCGUUAUUGUUUCAAAUGCCAAAACAACAAAAAUCUUAUUAUUUUUUUGGAGAAAUUUCAAUGGGUUGAUUGAGAUCAAAAGGGUGAAAAACGAUUUGGCAAAACAAAAUCAAAAUUCUAUUUUACAA